UGGCGUAGUGUUUUUCAGAGUCGUUUUUAUUUAAACCAAAAUAAUGAUUUCUAUACGAGAAAAUCCGUUUCAAUGUAAUAAAAAGCAUAGUGUUUAUUGUAAAAUAUCAUGAUUGGUACAUAUUAUAUCGUUUCGAUUGGAAGUGACCAUUAAAAUGGACAAGAAAAAUGCAAUUCGAAGAGGGAAACGUCCCUCUAAAGUGCUCGAAGAAAAUUAUUGGGAUUGCAGCGUUUGCACGUACAGAAAUAAUGCUGAAGCUUUUAAAUGUUCAAUGUGUGACGUUAGAAAAGGUACCUCGACACGAAAGCCUCGAAUUAACCCAGCGAUGGUGGCGGCACAGGCGGCUGGCACGGCGCCCACUAGCUCGCAGAAGAGACCAAGGUCAGCAAACUCGCUCAAGAAGAAAAGACGUCAGCCACGACUUAACAAUGUUGAUAGAAGCUCUGCACAGACUAGAGAGGUAACGGUAAGCGGUGUGACCGUAGUAAUAACAGAAUAUAAGCCUAAGAAGUCAGUUUCGGCCAGCUCGAGUGACGUGGAAUCCUCCAAUGAUGCACGCCCAUGAUCUCUGUUCUUCAAUACAGAUGCCGCCAAACUUGAAUGGAUUUAAACCAAGGAAUUUUAAUUCCCACGAGACGCUCUGCUCUUUUAAUUGUCCGAUAAUGUUUAAGGGGUUGUGAUUGACAUAUAUGUAUGCCAAUUUAAAUAGGUUCAAUAUGUCGUCAAAUAUGAGAUAUUCCAAAAAAACUUUUACUAGCUUUAUAUAAAAUCUAGCAUUUCUGUCAAUUAAAAAGGCAAGGGAUUCCAUAAUUCAAUACCA